AUGUACGUCACUGUGGACAGCCCUGAGACGUCUAUCAGAAAAAGCAAACCGAAUGGCUCCCAUGAUGAGAGGGUGGAUCCUGCUUCUCGCUGUGCUCCUAGCUCCGGCACCAGUUACGGCACAAAAAAGAAACCAAGGUUGGUGCUGCCUGAGCUCUCCAAGGGGCAGUAUGUGAGGCAAGGGCUGCGGGCUGGGCCCACUCAUGGCACCAUCGCUGGGUUUGCUGGAAACACCGCGUGGUCCCAGAAAAGCUGGGGGAGGGAAGAUGAGGGCAUUUGGCCCACAGAGCUGGGGACGUGCAUCAAUGUCUAUGCGGCAGACAUCGUGUUCCUGGUGGAUGGAUCCUCCAGUAUCGGGAGGACCAACUUCCGCAUGAUCCGAGCCUUCAUGGAGGACCUGGUUAGGCCCUUUGUCCAUGUGGUCGGUGAGAGCGCGGUGCGAUUCGGGGCAGUGCAGUACAGCGACGACCCCAGGCUCGAGUUCACGUUCUCCCAGCAUCCCAACGGGACGGAGGUGAAGAGGGCCAUCCAGCAGCUGAGCUACAAAGGCGGGAACACACGCACAGGCGCCGGUCUCCGGUACAUCGCUGACAACUUCUUUGGGCCCACUCAGAUCCGGGCCGGGGUCCCAAAGGUCUGCAUCCUCAUCACAGAUGGCAAGUCUCAAGAUGACACUGAGCAGCCCUCUGUGAAGCUGAAGGCUCAGGGCACUAAGGUCUUUUCUGUGGGGAUCAAGAACGCAGACCGCGCGGAGCUCAUGCGUGUGGCCUCCACUCCCACAGAGGACUACUUCUUCUACGUCAAUGACUUUAAGAUCCUGGGCACCCUGCUGCCGCUGGUGUCUCAGAGGGUGUGUGCCAGCACCGGAGGGGUCCUGCAGACGGGUCCGCGGGUGUACAGUGGCCCAUCCAACCUGGUCUUCGUGGAGCAGGCGGUCGACAUGCUGAGGAUCCGCUGGACUGCAGCGGGCGGCCCGGUCACAGGCUACAAAGUCCACUACGUGCCGCUCACGGGCUUGGGGCAGCAAGUGACAGCAGAGAUGCAAGAGGUCAGCCUGAGUCCCGGGGAGACGAGCGCCGUGCUGAGCCAGCUGACAGGAGGGACGGAUUAUCUGGUCACCGUCAUGGCCCAGUACGCCAACAGCAUCGGCGAGUCGGUCUCUGGCAAAGGACGCACUGGGGCCCUGUCUGGAGUGUCGAAUUUCCGAGUGGUGGAGGCUGGGCCGUCCUUCCUCAGACUGGCCUGGGGAGCUGCUUUGGAGAACUUGCAGGGCUACCGGCUCACCUACGUGGCCCGAGGUGAAGCUCAAGCGGAGGAGAUGAGCCUGGGAGCCAACGCCGUGUCCGUCACGCUCAGCAACCUGCGCCCCAACACUGACUACGUGGUCACGCUUCAGCCUAUCUCCCAGCGGCAGACGGCAGCACCGGCCCAGCUAACCGGCCGAACCCUGCGUUUGGAAGGGGUGCAGCAGCUGUCAGUUCAGAACAUCUCCCAGCAGAGCAUGCUGGUGACCUGGCGGGGUGUGAGUGGAGCUACUGGAUACCGGGUCUCCUGGGGGCUCCCCUCAGGCCAGGACAUUCGGAAAUUUGAUGUGGAUGCCAGCAAGAAUUCCUACCUGCUGACAGGGCUGCAGCCAGACACAGAUUACCUGCUGACGGUCACUUCACUCUACGGGCAAGUGGAGGGGCCCCCAGCCUCCAUUAGGAGAAGAACAGAAACGGGCAUAGUCCAGUCCCUGAGGACCGUCAUUCUGGGCCCAACAUCCAUCCAGGUGGCCUGGAACAUCAUCCGCGAUGCCCGUGGCUACCGGCUGGAGUGGAGAAGAGCAACAGGUGCUGAGCCCCCACAGACUGUGUCCCUGCCCACCAACAUCAACAGCUACCAGCUCACCGGCCUGCAGCCGGCCACGGAAUAUCGCAUCACCCUCUACACACUGUACGACGGGAGGGAGAUGGCCACACCUGUAACCAUCUCCCAGACAGGAGUGGAGCCCCCAGUGGGCCGCAUUUCUGACCUGCGGGUCAUUGAUACCGUGGGGAAGAGGAUUCGGCUGGCCUGGACUGGGGUCCCGGGUGCCACCGAGUACAAGAUUGUGCUGCGCAACUCCCAGGGUGAUGACAAGACCAGGCAGAUCCCAGGCACCCAGACCACGCUGGAGCUCGAGGACCUGAGAGAGGAGGUCACCUAUGUAGUGCGUGUGUCAGCCCUGAUUGGCAGGCGCGAGGGCAGCGCUGUCCCCAUCAGUGUCCGCAUUGAGCCGUCAGUGAGCAGCGUGUCCAACCUGCAAGUGGUGCCUGUGGGCGUGGGCCGUGUGCGGCUUCUGUGGAGUGCCAUACCCAGGGCCACUGAGUACAAGCUGGUGAUCACCAACCGGCAGGAUGGCUCAGAGGAGACCAGGCGCAUCCCCGGCAACCGGAAUUUCUUUGAGCUGCAAGAUUUGAAGGAGGGAGUCACAUACCUGGUGCAGGUGACAACCCUGAUGGGCAGCCAGGAAAGUGACCCUGCCACUAUCUCUGUCCAGCUGGAUCCCCUGUCUGUGGGCAGCGUCACCAACCUGCGGGUGGCUGAGAUGAGACCCAACCAGCUGAGGGUCGCAUGGAGUGGGCUUCCUGGGGCGACUGGCUACAAGUUGACGUGGCAGGCGAGUGAUGGCCAGGCGAUCUCCCGGGUCCUGCCAGCCGACAGGACCUCCUUCAGCAUCGAGGAGCUGCAGGCCGGGGCCAUCUAUCUUAUUGGGGUCUCGGCCCUGGUUGGCAGCAGGGAAGGCAGCCCCAUCACCAUCACGGCUAGAACAGCUCCGGAGCAGGUGGGGACAGUCUCCAGCCUCAAGGUCCUCUCGUCCAGGAGCAACGUUGUCCGGGUCACCUGGGUUGGAGUGCCUGGGGCGACAGCCUACAAGGUGGUGUGGAGCCGGCGAGACGGAGGCUCCGAGUCGAGCAAGGUGGUUUCUGGUGACACCAGCUCCUUUGACAUUCUCAACCUGGAGGGUGGGGUCAGCUACACCGUGAAGGUCACAGCACUGAUUGGCAACCGCGAGGGUGACCCUGUCUCCAUCGUUGUCACCACACCGGCAGAGGUGGCCCCCCAGCCUGUGGGGAACCUGCGGGUGAUUGACUCCUCGGACCAGCGCAUUCGCCUCACCUGGAGCCCGGCGCCGGGCAGCACCGGGUACCGCCUGAGCUGGAGGCCAGCAGAUGGGGGGCCGGAGAGGAGCCAGCUGCUCGCCCCCAACAUCAACUCCUACGACAUCGAAGGCCUGGAGGCGGGAGAGCGCUACGAGAUCCGGAUCACCAGCCUGGUGGGCAGCCAGGAGAGCGAGACUGUGGGCAUCGCUGCCAACACUGCACCUCUGGGCCGAGUCACCAAUUUCCGGGUGACGGAGACCCGAGACAAUUCUGUGACCUUGGCCUGGACUCCAGCUCCCAGAGCCACCGGCUACCUCCUCACCUGGAAGCUGCCCAGAGAGGGAGGCGAGACGCAGAGUACACUGCCCGGGUCAGCAACUUCCCACCAGGUGUCGGGGCUGCGGCUGGGGCACAGAUACCUCUUCACCAUCCGGCCGCUGUUCGGGAGCGCCAGGGGCGCGGAGUCCACCCUCACCGACCGCACAGUUUGCAGGGACGCUCGCGGUGACAUCAUCUUCCUAGUGCAUGGCACGCGGGACAGUGCCUACAGCGCCGAGACCGUCCGUGCCCUGCUCUCCAACACCGUCUCAGCGCUGGGCCCGCUGGGCCCCGAUGCCUCCCAGGUGGGCCUAGUGAUCUACAGCUACCGCAGCGUCCCGUGGGUCCUGCUGAAUCACUCCAGUGAUCUGGGCACUGUCCUGGAGCGGAUCCGCACCAUGCGCUACGAGGAGCCCAGCGGCAAUGCCCUGGGAGCUGCCAUCAACUUUGCCAGGACCUACAUGCUGAGCCCCAGUGCAGGGCGCCGGCCUGGUGUGCCAGGGGUGCUGGUGGUGCUGGCAGACAGCCCCUCUGGUGACGAUGCCAUUGGGCCGGCCAGGGAGAUCAAGGCAGCAGGGAUCCAGGUGCUGGCGGUGGGCAUGGACGGGGCAGAUCGUGAGCAGCUGCGCCGCAUUGUCACCAAUGAAGACCCACGCCAUGUUUUCUAUGCCAAGGAUUCGAGGGCCGGUCUGUCAGAGCUGGAGGACAGGCUCGCCAGCACCCUCUGCAGGGUGACUGUCACAGACAGGGGUGAGAAGGGGGAGCCCGGCCAGACUGGGCUCAAUGGGCUUCCGGGCCCCCCAGGACCAAUGGGGCCACGGGGUGCCCCAGGCGAGAUCAUCGAGCGGCCAGGCCAGAAGGGGGAAAGACCCAUUGGCAGUGCUGGGCACAAGGGGCAUGAACAGCACCGAGUACAAGGCACUAGGCCCAUUGGCGGUGCUGGGUACCAGGGCACGGACAGGCUGGGUCAGAGGGAUUCCCAGGAGCGGAUGGGAUCCCAGGAAGCCCUGGUCGCCCUGGCAACUCUGGCUCUCCUGGCCAGCCGGGUAGACAAGGCAUUCCCGGCCUCCGAGGGCUCCCGGGAAAUCCUGGCCUCCCUGGGAACCCUGGGCCUAGAGGAGCAGUCGGUGAUCCAGGACCUCCUGGGCCCAUUGGACCUCCAGGGCCAGCAGGACCUGCCGGAGAGUUUGUCAAGGGGGCGAAAGGCGAGCGAGGGGAGCGGGGCUUGCCUGGCGACCCUGGUUCCCCUGGGCCCCGGGGACCUGCUGGGCCCCCAGGACAGAAAGGAGACAAGGGUGAUGGGGAAGAAGGUUUUCCAGGACCGCCGGGUCGCCAAGGGGACCCAGGAGAUCGGGGAGACCGUGGGCAGCCGGGAGAACUUGGAGAAGCAGGGGAGAAGGGCGAUCGCGGACCCCCUGGGCUGGAAGGGAAGAAGGGGGAGCUGGGAGCUCCAGGCCGCCUGGGCCCAGCAGGCAGAGAGGGGGAUCAAGGUGCUCCUGGGGAACCUGGAAAGCCGGCUUCCAGCGUCUCCGGGAUCAAAGGAGAGAAGGGUGACAGAGGCCCUGCAGGAGCAGAGGGGGCCCCGGGUUCCAGGGGAGACGCAGGAGAUAAAGGAGACCGCGGCCCCCCUGGAUUCAGUGUCGCUGGCCCACCUGGCCCCAAAGGAGAACAGGGCGACAGGGGUGACCCAGGGGAACCCGGGUGAACGUGGUGAGAAGGGUGACGAGGGGACCCAAGGAGAGUCGGGUCAGCCCGGAAAACCUGGCGACCGGGGCCCCCGGGGCCUACCAGGAAACCGUGGUCUCCCCGGGGAGAAGGGUGACCAGGGAGACUCUGGCGAUGAUGGCAGAAAUGGCAGUCCUGGAGUACCAGGGGCCAAGGGCGACCGCGGGGAACCGAUCGAUUCGGGACCUGGAGGAGGAAUUGGAGAGAAAGGCGAGAAGGGAGAGCCAGGGGACCCCGGAGAGGAUGGGAUGAAGGGUGCGAAGGGCGAGGCUGGGGUACCUGGCCUGCUUGGAGAGAGGGGGAUCGAAGGUCCCAGAGGCCCCCCCGGAGCUCGGGGUGACCCUGGAGACCGAGGCCAAUCAGGAGACAAGGGAGACCGAGGCCCUCCGGGGCUGGAUGGCCGGAACGGUUUGGAUGGCAAACCUGGGCAAAUGGGCCCUGCGGGGCAAAGGGGUGACCCAGGCAAGCAGGGUGACCCCGGCCGAGAUGGGCUGCCAGGCCAGCGAGGGGAGCAAGGUCCUCCAGGAGCCAUCGGCCCCCCGGGACCACCAGGCUUGGCUGGCAAACCCGGCGACGACGGCAAACCCGGCCUGAAUGGGAAGAACGGAGAAGAUGGGACUCCAGGAGAAGAUGGGAGGAAGGGGGACAAAGGAGAAGCUGGCGCCCCUGGCAGAGACGGUCAAGAAGGCCCCAAGGGCGAGCGAGGAGACCGUGGGGUGCCAGGCCCCUUGGGACCUCCUGGUGUCCCCGGUGUACCUGGGCAGGUUGGACCCCCAGGCCAGGGUGCUCCAGGCCUCGCUGGGGCUGCCGGACAAAAGGGCGACCGAGGAGAGGCUGGAUCCAAAGGAGAACAGGGCAGACCUGGGGAUCCUGGACAACGUGGUGAGCCUGGGACAGUCUCGAAUGUUGAACGUGCCCUGGAAGCCUAUGGGAUUAAGAUUGCCUCGCUCAGAGAGAUCACUGGAGCCUAUGACGGCAGCACUGAUCCAUUCCUGCCCUACCCUGACCGCCGGAGAGGCCCAAAGGGUGAUAGGGGAGACUCAGGGGAGAGGGGACCUCCAGGCAAAGAGGGUGUGAUGGGCUUUCCUGGAGAGAAAGGGCCCAAGGGCGACAAAGGAGACCAAGGCCCUGCUGGCCCCCAAGGCCCCAUGGGACGUGCUAUCGGAGAGCGAGGUCCAGAGGGGCUGCCUGGCCAGGCAGGGGAACCUGGCAAGCCUGGAAUCCCAGGGGUGCCGGGGCGGGCCGGGGAGCUCGGAGAGGCUGGCAGGCAUGGCGAGAAGGGCGAUCGGGGCGAGAAGGGCGAUCGGGGAGAGCCGGGCAGAGACGGCGUGCAGGGUCCUCCAGGGCCCCCGGGACCCAAGGCAGAUGUGGUGGAAGGGAGCCUCUCGGGUCUUCCGGGGGAGCGUGGACCCACAGGACCCAAGGGAGCCAAGGGAGAGCCUGCUGUGGAUGGCGAGAGAGGACCCAAAGGAGAUAAGGGUGAACCUGGGCAGAAGGGGGAGAGAGGAGAAGCUGGCGAGAAAGGCAGGGAUGGCAGCCCGGGCCUCCCAGGAGAAAGAGGCCUUGCUGGGCCGGAAGGGAAACCGGGCCCGCAGGGCUUUAGAGGGCCUCCCGGCCCAGCUGGGCUUGUUGGACCACCAGGCGCUCAGGGCCCACCUGGAAUAAAGGGAGAUUCGGGUGAGCCUGGCUCCAGCAUUCGGGGCUUGCCCGGGCCCCAGGGGAGCGUUGGCCUCCCAGGCCCCUCAGGCCCCCCCGGCCUUGUGGGCGAGACUGGAAAGCCUGGAGUGCCGGGGAGAGAUGGAGUGCCGGGAAAGGAGGGAGAAUCAGGGCUGCCUGGGAAAAUGACGAUUGUCGGUCCUCCUGGGAUGAAAGGCGAGAAGGGCGAAUCCGGAGGGAUUGAAGGGAACCUGCUGGGUGAACCGGGUGCCAAGGGCGAGCGAGGCUUACCAGGCCCCAGGGGAGAGAAGGGGGAUCCUGGAAGACAGGGGGAACCUGGAGACCCUGGGGAAGAUGGAGCCAAAGGAUCCCCUGGAGUCAAAGGGGAAAAGGGUUCGGUUGGCAUUGGCCUGCAGGGACCCCCUGGACAAGAUGGGCCUCAAGGUUUGAAGGGUGACACUGGCUUACCUGGCCCACCAGGAUCCCCGGGCUUGCCAGGCAUCGCAGGGACCCCCGGCCAGCCAGGUCUGAGGGCAGAAAAUGGACAGCCAGGCCCAUCAGGACCUCCAGGAGAGAGGGGGGCACAAGGCGUCCCAGGACUGAAGGGUGACAAGGGGAACGUGGGGGUUGGACAGCCGGGCCCUAGAGGCGAGCGAGGAGACCCAGGGUCACGGGGUGAAGAUGGGCGCCCAGGGCUGGAGGGAGAUCGUGGGCCUGCGGGGCCUCCCGGAAACCGAGGGGAGCGUGGCGACAAAGGAGACUUUGGAGCUAUGGGACCCAAAGGAGACAAGGGUGAUACCGUCAUUGUGGAGGGGCCGGCUGGAGUCCGGGGGAGCAAGGGGGAGCCGGGAGACCGCGGUCUGAAGGGGAUGGAAGGGGACAAAGGCGACAAGGGUGACCCGGGCCUCCCAGGAGAGAAGGGAGGCAGGGGCGAGCAAGGGGAGAAGGGCUCCACAGGCUUCCCAGGAGCACGCGGCCCCGGAGGGCAGAAGGGUGAAGUUGGAGAAUCGGGAGACCCCGGAGAGUCGGGCCUGCCAGGAAAGGAUGGAAUCCCAGGAUCCAGAGGGGAGAAAGGGGACAUAGGGCCACUGGGAAUGCGAGGCCCUAAGGGGGAUCGGGGAACGAAAGGUGCCUGUGGCCAGGAUGGAGAUAAGGGGGAGAAGGGGGAGCCGGGGAUUCCAGGCCGAAUGGGACUUCCAGGAAGGAAGGGCGAGCUGGGAGAGCUGGGCAUGCCUGGAACCCCAGGAAUCCCGGGGAAAGAAGGUCUCAUGGGACCCAAGGGUGACAGGGGAUUUGAUGGUCAGCAGGGAGCCAAAGGAGACCAGGGAGAGAAAGGAGACCGGGGUACUCCAGGCAUUAUUGGCUCCCCAGGCCCUAGGGGCAAUGAUGGAGCACCUGGCCCACCUGGCCCCCCAGGUAGUGUUGGCCCUAAGGGCCCUGAGGGGAUUCAAGGGCAGAAGGGUGAAAGAGGCCCCCCAGGGGAGUCGACUGUAGGGACCCGAGGCGUCCCUGGGAUUCCAGGAGAGAGAGGAGAUCAGGGGAAUCCGGGACUCGAAGGCUCGAGAGGAGAGAAGGGGGACCCUGGCAUGACGGAACAAGAGAUCCGCGCAUUUGUCAGGCAGGAAAUGAGUCAGCACUGCGCUUGCGGAGGGCAGCUCUCCUCUUCUGAACCACGGCACGAGGUGCGUGUUGUGAACACAAAUGACCCUGAGUAUGAGCAUGUCUACGCAAUGGAGUACUACGAAGAGGGCCUGGAAGCUGAUGGGACAGAGAGCACCAUGCUGAGCGAUGCUGACCUAUGCAGCUUGCCCCUGGACGAGGGAGAUUGCAGCAGAUUCACACUCAGGUGGUAUUAUAACCAAAAAGUGGCAGAGUGCCGGCCUUUCGUCUACAGCGGCUGCAGGGGGAACCUCAACCGUUUCUACACCAAGGAGGACUGUGAUCUCCAAUGCAGGCACCAGGCAGAUUCAGAUGCCCAAAUUGCUGCUGACAACACAUCAGAUACGAAGAGGAAUGCGUGA